AUGCUUUCUUCAGCUCUAAGAGUUGGAUUUAGGCGGGUUUCAAAUGCUACUAGGAGGCAUGUUUUACCGACAGUAAAUUCAGGUAUGUUUUCUGUUUAUUUGAUUACUAUGCGUUUACGUGGAGAAGGAUGUAGAUAUUGUGGCUUUCACGGUUGCACGUGAAAUCCAAUGAAUCGAGUUUUACAUCUUUUGUGUAAACGAAUCUGGUGAAUUUUUCAUUGUUUAUUAAGUGAAUUGUAAUUUGGAAAGUAUUUCUAGUCAUAGGUGGCUUCGGAGUACUCUUUUCGUAUAGUUUUCCUGUACUUUCUUGUGACAGUACGAAGGUCACGCAAAUGCGCCAACCACACCACCAGACCCACCCCCUGAGUUACUUCAUCAUAAAGUUUAGAAUUUUAUUGAAUUCCUAGUUUUAGCUCGCAACAUUUUCACUUCUGUUUUCUAUUUCAGGAAUUCUCACCCGGUCCAACCAGACUUCAGCAGGUAUUGAAGGCAUUUUUACUAAGUUAGAGACUUGUUUGAUCUGGUAGACAACCAUCUGUCAAGUGAAGGUGCAUAUUGAAAAACCCAAUUAAAACUCCUCAUAAGGGCUGUAUGCAAUGGUGUGAGCAGGUCUAGUACAGGCCACAAGGCCUAGUGUAAAGUCUUGCAAGAUGCAAAGUGCUUAACAAAUAAAUUUGAGGUUGAUGUAAAUGAAGAUGGCAAAAUAUAAGCCUUGUGUUUUAGUGAAAGAUUCCACUUUGUUGAGAGUCUGUUUGGUAAUAGAUCACAGAUCAUGUCAAAAUGUAACAAGAACAAAAAGGUGUCACACAAAGUGCAGCCAUGUAUGUCACUGAUUUUUCUACCACAUUUUGAUGUUUUCUGUUAUCUAUUGAUGUACAAACCCACAGCAUCACAGAAUUUGUGUGUUUUAUAUGAUAAAAACACAAAGCAUUGUCAAAGGUGAUGUCAUCUAUGCAUCUGUUCUCUAACUGAUUAUAAGUAAGAACCAAUUGAAAUGAUUAUUUACUUCAGCAUGUCAUUUCAAGAGGACAGAAAGAAACAAGAAAGAAGAGAAAGAAGCAUUUGUAUGAUAAAGUGCUUGUUUCCUGAGUGAGGUUGGGCAGACAGAAAGAUAUUUGGCCCUCUGUGAUAAUGUUCAGACCUUGCUACCCUCUGUCCCUAUUUCAUGACCAUGAUCAAAGCAAUUUUCUGUUCUGCCCUCCUAAUCAGUCAACAAUUGCAUUUCUCAUCCACUUUUUUAUUUGUUUAUGUGUAGCAGACAACUGUGUAAAAUGCCACAUCCAGGAUGGUGUUGCUGUGGUUAGGUUUGAUACUCCAGACUCUAAGGUAAGUCCUAAAUGUGGAAAAAAAAAGUAUUAAAAGAAAACUUCAGAAAUUUCACUGUACAGUAUAGAAGAUGUGGCUUCUUUGAUUUGAAUCUUUAACUUCCUCUGUCAGGUUAAUGUGCUGUCUGAAAAGCUCACAACAGAGUUGGUUGAGGUAAGUACACUGUAUAAUAAGAGCAGAGUCUGCCUCUUUAUGAAAUCAUUAUAGAUUAUGUUCAUUGAGUUACCUCAUUGCAUUUGUGUUUAUUUUCUUAUUGCCACUUCUUGUCUGAAUGACUGAUCAGGUAAUGCAAGGUGUGGAAAAAAACCCUGAUGUGAAAAGUGUUGUUCUUGCAUCUGCUAAACCAGGAUGUUGGAUAGCUGGCGCUGAUAUCAAGUAUGUAGGACAGUACAGUUUACAAAUUAUUAUAAUUGUGAAAUGCCUGCACCAAUGACACCCAAUUUUAAAUACUAGUAAUGGUAGAUUGCUUGUGAUUUACUUGUGAGGAUGAUAACAAUGUUUUGACCUCAUGCUACAUCUGUGUAGUGCUAUUCUUUAUAAUACAAUGAGUGAAAUGGUUUUAAGUAAACAAAGAACUCUGAAGUAAGAGCAGUUUAUGAGCUCUCAGUAGCUAUCAUGGAUUUUUUUUAACUCUAAACUCCUAUGAGUGACCAAGACAAAAUUUCUCCUAACAAAUAUCAACAAUGUCAAGCAAAAAAGUGAUGAGAUUGAUAAAAAAUAUAAAUUAGGGGAUUACAGGUUGAUCCAAUGCCAAAUUCUCUAAACCAAUGUCACAGGAAUCGUAUAUCAGAAUGUAUGGAGAAUUAUUGUUGAGAGCUUGGUGGUGAAAUUUUAAAGUUUUUUUGUUCUAAUGAAGUUUUAUCUCUAGGGGUCUGCCAUCAUACCACUUUUCUGAACAGCUAAAGUGUUUCUUGAUCUUUGGUUUGCAAUGUUUUUUAAGUUUAUUUUCCACUGUCCCUGUUGAUGUUGUUUGGGUGAUGUCUUCAAUUAAUUUCUCCUUUUCUUAAUUUUUCUUUGACCUUGCACAUGUGGCAGUCAGGUUGCUAAACAAUAAACUUCUUUCAAACAAGCUAUAGGCACAUCUUUCACCCUUUCACUCCCAGGAAUUAUCAACCUGACUAGUAGUCAUUAUCAGGGAAUAUGGUAUAAUUUAAUAUGUACGUUGGCAGUUGAAAGCUAAAAUUGUGAGCAUGAAGAUGAGUGAAAUUAAUGUAACAUGUGUCAUUUCUUUUCAUAGCAUGUUGAGUGCUGGUGACACUGCACAGAAGGUAAGUUUAGAGUCAUGUAUUUUUGUGUACAUUUACACAUUUAUUGUUAGUAAGUCUAUCACAUUAAUUUAGUGCCAAGCCGACUGUCAUAACCUGACCUUAACUACAAACUCAGCCAAUGGUAGAUAUACAUUAUGAAAAAAAUAAGAGUGAAAUAAUUGGCAAGAUCAGUAGAAAAAACAUUACUACAGAAUACAACUUGAAAUCGUGAGUAGAUGGGUAGCUAGAUUAGUAAUUGUGGGUACAGUGAAAGGUCAUUCCUCAACUUGCCUGACUUAAAUUUUAAGUCAAAAGUGUUUUGUUAUAAUCCCACAUUGAAUCGUGUAAGAUUUGUAAUAUUACCUCUUAUCUUCUAAGGUGGAAGAAAUAUCAGCAAAUGGCCAGAAAGUCAUGCAACAUAUCUCAGUGAGUGCUUAAGCCCUUUAACUCCCAGAAGUGAUUAACAUGUAAUUUCUCCCUUUAAUAUGCAUACAUUAUUCAGCAGACAGGCAAUGAGAAUACUUAAGCCUAUUAGGCAGAAGUUAUUAUCUUAAUCUUACAUCAAUUUUUCAUAACUUUUAUUUAUAAAGAAAUGUGUAGCAGCUAGAGGGGAGAAUAACAAUCAGAUCUUGAGAGAUGGACUAUUCACAGUGAACAGUCACUGCAUAACAAUUAUGGUUUUGAUUUUUAAGAUGGCAUUGUAGUAAUUACUUUGGGUCUUUGUUACAGGACAGUCCUAAACCUUAUGUUGCUGCAAUCAUGGGAUCAUGCCUUGGAGGUGGUCUAGAGGUAGUUGCAUUAUUAUAUAUGACCUGUACAGUCCUGUGCAUGCUUUUGUUUAAAAAUGUUUGACUAACAUCUUAAAUGAGAGCCAUGUGCAAUGGCUUGAGCAGGGCUGGAAGAGAAAUGGUGAUAUGAUACAAUGGUUAUUGACUGUGUCAGGUCAGGUGGGAUGUGGAAAUAUAUGGCUCUCAGUCACAAUGUUCCUUAAGCUAAGUAUUUUCCCUGGCUGCCCUCCCACACAGCACAUAGAAACUUACUAUUCUUGGCUGCAGUUUGGAGAAAUGACUUAAGAUUGCAAUAUAAACUGUUCUUGGCUGUAGCCCAUUGUCUCAAAAGCAUCAAAUUGGGAAUCACAGCAAAGUACAUAUGGCAAAGGACCAAUCUUGACAGGGAUAGCUCUACUUGCCAAACAUAGAUUAUCACUGAGAGAAAAAUGCAUCUGCAGAUUAUCUUGAAAGGAUUAAUGUUUUAAAAUUGCCAAUCAACAUAUAAGCCUGUGGUAACUGGGCAAUAAACCAUGGCAUAAAUGGUUUCCAGACAAUCUUAAUAUAUGUUUGUAUGGAUAAAAUUUAAAUUGAUAAUGCUACUAGCUGGAGUAGAUAUGCAUGUUUAAAGCUAGUGGACCCUGUUGCUUAUGUACCUGAAAGAUAUUGAGUGACUCUUUGAACAACCUGUCUUCUGUUUUGAUCCUCAGGUGGCCUUGAGCUGCCAUUACAGAGUGGCUGUUGAUAAUCAAUCCACUGUCCUCUCUGCCCCUGAAGUCAUGUUAGGUCUGCUUCCUGGCGCUGGAGGAACUCAGAGAUUGCCUCCACUUGUAAGUCAAAAUGGCAUUAAAGAAAAUCAUGUAUUUUCUAGAAUUAAGAUUUUUAAUAAUUAAAUAGUAGGUCCAUAUCUAAGGCUUUUCAUUAACCCCUCAAUGGUGAGAUAUGAUUAACAUAAAACUUCUCCCUACAUUUUCCAUAAAUUAUCCUGCAAAUAGGUAAUGAGAAUACUCUAAUUUAUCAGGUACAUUGUAAAGGGCAUUAUCUGAUCUUAUACCAAAUUCUCUUAACUAAUUUGUUAGGAAGUAUGUAGCAGCAAGAAAGGAGAAUCAAUGAUGAAAUAUUGAGAGUUAAACAUUAACAAUUUCCUCAAUUUUUUUUAUAUGUGAUUUAUUUAGGUUGGCCUUCCUGAUGCUUUGGACAUGAUGCUAACAGGAAAAAACAUUAAAUCAAAUAAAGCUAAGAGAAUGGGUCUCGUUGAUCAACUGGUCAAACCCCUAGGUAUGCUGAUUUGUUUAUCGUAUCGUAAACAAUACCUUUUCCCUUACCCACUAGCUUUUAAAACUGUGAUAUUGAAAUACUACCCAGUCCCAUUUAAUUUUAUAGUUUCCUUUUGUUAUGCAAAUAUGCAGAGAAAAGUAACCAAAAGAGACUUGAACCAAGUAAUUUCCAGGGUUUUAUUUUUAACCAACCUAAGUGUGGUUUCUAUGUUACCAUCUCUAUUAGCACACUUGCUGUUGCUAAUUUUCAAGCAUAUUAUCUAUCUGUAAUAUGAUCAUUCUGAAGUCCAUGUUUGUGACAACUGCUAAUUGGUAACAACAAUUACUGAGUUUGUGUGACCACCUGUAAGAUUUUGAUUUUCUUUAAAAGUGGGUGGAUGAGGAUGAAAUGGGCAGUCCAUUUUGGAAUUAGGCCUAAGUACUUUUUCUUGGGGGGGGGCAUGUUUUACAGAAACUGUGGAUAAUUUGGUUUUAUCAACUGAGUUGAUAAUAUAAAUUUGGCUGCUGUAAAGAGUUUCUAAAGUGGAAGUUUCAAGCAUAAGCCUAUCAUCAGAGGGAAUGACAAAGGCCUAAAGCCCAGAAUGUCAGUUUUAGAAACUCUUUACAGUGACCAAUUUACAUUAUCAACUCACUUGAUAAUACCAAAUCAUCCUGAAUAUGUUUUAACUGUUUUUUUUUUCUAAAACUAACCUGUGGCUCAUUCCUAAAGUGAUCUGAGAUAAUUUGCAUAAAUUUAAACUGUAAAAUUGAAUUGUUUACAGGUCCUGGGCUAAAGCCACCAGCAGAAAACACCUUACAAUACUUGGAAGACAUUGCAAUCCAGAGUGCAAAGUAAGGUUAAAAGGAUGCACUUGUGGAAAGUAGUUACUACAAUUUUCAGUGGAGUGAGGCCAGACAGAAGUUUGGCAACCAUUUUUUUUUAUCUCGCUGUUUUCAUGGGCAACUGGCUUGGUUUCCAUUGGCAGCAUAUUGUUUGCCCUCUUUUAGCAUGCUUUAAUAUUUGACAGUAAAUUAUAGACAGCUAUUCAGAUUUGGUUAUCAUUGGAAAGGAGGAAAGUUGCCCAUGACAACACAGUUAUUUUACAGUCAAAAACCUGUCACAAACCUUUUGCAUACUCCACUUGACUGAUAAUUGUAGUAUUGUUCUAAAGCCUAAUGGCACUUAUUUUAGCUAAAUCAUUAUGAAUCAUUUUUAUUAUGAUUGCAUAGGGCUCUAGCUUCAGGAAGUAUAAAACCAGAUAGAUCACAUUCCUGGACAAACUUAAAAGGUAACUGACAUGGCUGAUAGUUUCAGACUGAUACUGUAAUUUCCGGUCGUUUACCUGCACGGCCGAUUACCCACACCGGCCGAUUAUUGCAUACGGCAAAAAAAAAAAAACAGAUUACCCGCACUGGUGGAUAACCCGCACGUUAUGAUAUUCAACUUUUUGGUGGCGAAAACGUGACAUUAAGGUGAUACAUUUCAGUCUUUUAAAAGUUGUCUGAUCCAACUUUCAAAAACUUGAAAGCAUCUUUGUCGAGUUUAAAGGUCAAAGAAAUUCAGACACGUGCACAAUUCUGUGUCAAUAUUAGCAUAUACUUUAUUGAUAAGAUAAUACAGUAAAAACACUAGCAGCCCAUGCCCAAAUCUCAACAUUUCAUACUUGACAGAAUGUGAAUUAGUGGCUACAUUUUGUGCGAGUGAUCAUUCAGCGCUAUGUUGAUUUGCUGAAAAAAAAGCUGGGUAAGUAUUAAAACUUGAAUUAUAAAGUACUGUCGGCGAUUUCUGAAAAAAAUCGAUAUCUCCGGUUCUAUUGGGCCUAACAAGUCCCUUAAAACGGGAAAAUUCUCUUUAGCUCAAGCUAAUGUUAAAUGGAAUUUGUUACUGAUGUGCUGGAUAUCUUUGGAUUAUUUUUGUCACUAUCAAGGUUUUGUUUUCACGCGUGUGGAUAGCAAUUUGUUUGUCGUGCAAUUAAUUAUGCAUGAAAUAAACUUGAGUCGGCAUCAUGUUUUCGUGCCGCUUUGCGGCACUCUUAAUACAAUAAAAUUCACUUGAGAAGUGCAAAUGCAUGUUGGUGAUAAUUUUUUUCAAUUCAACCACCACUAGAUUUUAAAAUUGUCACAUAACCCACACCUCCCUAUUACCCGCAGUGGCGCGUGUUUAAUGCAAAAUCAACAGAUUACCUGUGGGUAAACGACUGGAAAUUACAGUACUUGUACUAUAUGGUAAGAGAGUAUGUGAAUACCAAUAAGCCUUUUGUUGCAAUUUUGUUAUGGUUGUAAUAUGCUACAUAAUAGAUAUAUGUUUAGCUCAGUAAAGAAUCUGAUGGAUAGGUGUGAAAACUUAAUGAAAUAACAUUAUUUUGAACUUGUUAUCCCAGAUUUACAAUAUAAGAUAACAACAGAAACAGAGUUUGGAAGAAACUUUGUAGUCAAGAAAGCCAGAGAAACAGUAAGUGUUCUAAUGAUUAUAACUCCCCUUGUAAUAAAAUAUGUUUAUUUUUCAUCCUGGUGUAAGAUUAAAGAUGAACUUUGUUCAUUUGUCUCACAAUAGAGUCGCUUUUGUUGAUCACAAUUUUUCAACUGCAAUGCUGCUAGUCUUUGUCAGACAAUGAAGACUAGCAGUAUUGCAGCAUCGCGGUUGAAACGUGGCAAUCAACAUCAAAAGUGACUCUAUUGUGGGAAAAAUAAAGAAAGUUCAUCUCCUAACUCCCCUUGUGUCCUUUUUUUAAUCAAGUUUUCAAAUUAAAGUUAGUGACUGGCUAUAAUGUGGCUUUUUAUUGUUAGGAGAGGUGGUUCUUAAAUGUUUUCUUUGGUUUAUGAUAUAACAUAAUGCACAAAGAUUUGCAAUUGAUACUGGCUCCCUGUACAAUUAUUUUUUUGAAUUUGAAAGCUAACAAGGUCUUUCAAUAGAAUUGUCACAGUUUUCAGCUUUAAUUAGAUUUACAUUUUCUUCUAUUUUUCCAGGUUAUGAAGAAGACAGGUGGUCUGUAUCCUGCUCCACUUAGGAUUAUUGAUGUAAGACAGAGCUUCAUGAUUUCUUUUGACAGACCCCAGAAGGCUUUAUCUUGAUAUCAUUUGUCAAAGGCAGUUCAUGGAGCUCUAUAAUCUGCUCUUUUCUAAUUUAUAUCUUCUUAUCUAAAAUAAUUAAUUGACAAUAUCUGGAUUGGUGUCUUAAAUGGCCAUUUGCUUUUGACAUGUCACUUCAAACGUUCUCUGAAUAUCCUUUACCACACCCUUUCUGCUUACAAGUCAGAGGUCUAAAUUUAUUACUUUUAACCUUCAAGCAUGUUAAUUAUGACAAGUAAUGAGCUUGUGAACUAUAUUGUAGAAUAGUUAUGUUCCUCAUUUUAGCUUAGCCAUUCAUGUAGCACCUGAUUGGUCAAUAUCAAAAUAACUUGACUCCCCUAAAUGUUACUACUCAAUAUUCUCAAAAGGAUUCUUAUCACCUGCCAUGAUAGUAACAGUAAAUCUUACACUGUAUUUUUGGCUUUUUCUUGGUAGGUUGUAAAAGAAAGUCUAGAAAAAGGCCCAGCACAUGGUUUCAAGAAAGAGGCUGAGGUUAGUGUGGUUGACUGGAGGGCAUUGCUUUAGACAUUGUUGAUAAUGAUAUUUAAAAAUUUUUAUAGGGCAAUUGGUACAAAAUAUUCUACUGCACCAUAUGUACAUGUAGCCUAAUUACUAUUAUGGAAAAAGCAGCUGAAAUUUGCAAUUUUGAUUUUCCUCAUUAUGUACUUGAAAAAAAAUGAAAGAAAGUUUCAAGUCCACUUUUAAGAAAAUAUUUUUUGUUGGAAAUAGAGCAAAGUAAAUUGUAGAUGGAAGCAGAUUCCAAAGACUAGGGAUAGCACUGCUAGACAAUUAUAGAUCCAUGAAGGUCUAAGAGUUUACCCUUUUACAAUACUUUCAUCAAUCAUUGUCCUUACCAUUUUAGUUAUACUAAACAUCAACAUAAUAAUGUACGUGCAAUAAUUCACUGUGUUGCUGAAGGAGUGAAAACAAGAGUACUGCCGUUAUUAUCCCUGUGUGCUUGAAGAAUUGAAAGGUUUUUUUGUUUCCAGGGAUUUGGCGAAUUAAGUCAAACUACAGAAGCCAAAGCCUUAAUGGGAUUGUUCUUUGGUCAGACAGAAUGCAAAAAGAACCAUUAUGGUAAACCUAAAAGGCCAGUUAAGUAAGUAAUUAUAAUUCAGAGAGUGCUUGAAAGAAAGCUUUGAGUGAAUGUUAAAUGCAACUUCAACACCUUCCAGUAUAGCUUUCCCCCUUAAUUGUUUAAAACUGCGCUUUCUAUGAAUUAGAUGAAACACCCAUGGGAUAUUUGUUUUUACUGUUUCAUAUGAAUUUUCAAGAGAUUGCAUACAUUUUAACCUCUUUUUUUUUCUGGUAACAUAUUGAGGAAUUUUUGAUGAAACAACCUGUAAUAAUCUACACCAACAACAAACUUUGUUUUCUAAAAACAAGGAAGGUGGAAAUUAAAGUGUGUGCGUGUGUGUGUGUGUGGGUGGUUUUUAUUUUAAGGGAGACCCUAAUAAGACCUGUUUCUGGUACAACUUUUGUUAGAUUGAAUAUGGCAAUGUACUGUUUACAUGUCUAUAACUCAUUGACUGUUAUUAUAGUAUUUAGGUUGUUGUAUUGCAAGUUUAAUGACAGUGAUGCUCUCUUCAAAAAUAGUACUAACAAUAUUUUGACAAUCACUUUGUCUCUUCAUUAGCACUGUUGCUGUCCUUGGUGCUGGUCUCAUGGGUGCUGGAAUUGCACAGGUAAGUAAGGAAAGCUUUAAUGAAAUCAAAACUCUGGCUCAAAGGUUUGCUACAGUCAUUAGCUCUUGUGAGUAUGUGGUGAGCUUUCUUGAUUAAUUUUUUUGUCUCUAUUAAGUGUGUUCUACUGAAAAUUUUAGGUGAAAAUAUUAGUGUAAAUAUUCUGAUGGGCUGGGGACCAUAAUUAUUACACAUGUAUCUUGCUAAAAUCACUCUGCAGUGACUGUGUUGUGUUUUAAUGGGAAAAUACUUGAAUACAAAUCUUCCAAAUGGCUGCAGCACUUUUUAUUUUCUAUCUCUGAAGAAGAAGGAAAGGGUUUAAGUGUUCAGAAUAAGGACCAGACUUUUAGCAUCAUCUUCCUUGUAUCACUAAAACUCCAUCAAAUGCAGCAGCAACUUCCAUGAACCAUUUCUGUUGGUUAGCUAGUAUUCUAGUAACAAAUUGUUGGGAUGGUAUUAAGUCAAAUCAGAGUGUGUAUACCAUUCACCUUUAAGGAUACUUAAUUUGCAGUAGAUAUAAUUAUUAUUAUGAUGUUUAUUUAUUGUAGGUCAGCCUUCAAAAGGGGCAUCAAGUGAUAAUGAAGGACAAUAUUCUAGAAGGACUUACACGAGGACAGGAGCAAAUCUUUAAGGGGUAUGUUGGUGAAAGCACUGAAAUUUAGAAGUAAAAGUUAUCAAACAUUAGAAUGACUUUGCAUCUAAUUCUUUUUUUCUUGGCUUUAGAUUUAAUGGUCGUGUGAAGAAGAAGGCCAUGACAUCGUAAGUAUCCAGCUUGUAUCUAAUGGUACUUUACAAAAAUAAAAGGAAAAGAUUUCUCUUUCAUUGAUUCUUUUACCCCACUUUUUUUCAUCUAAUAACAAUCAUCUUGAUGAAAGUUGUUUCAUAUGUCAAGGGAGAACUUUUGAAGUCCAAUCUGCCCCAGUCCACCCCAAUCUUUUCUAAUUCACUCCAACCCACUUGUAUCUGCUCUGUUAACCCUUUAGCUUCCAAGAGUGACCAAGACAGAAUUCACCUUAUAAUAUCAAUACAAUAUCAAGCAGACAAGUGAUGAGAAUAAAGAAAAAUAUCAAUGAGGGCAUGAUUAGCUGAUCCACUACCACAUUCUCGAAACAAACACAGUGAGAGUGAUAUGGCAGACAGUAAGGAGAAUAAAUAAUGAUAUCGUGGAGUGAAAGGGUUAAAAUCCAUCCAACCCGGCCUUAUCCAUUCCAAUUCCAUUCCUUGUAGUCCUCUCUAGUCAACUAUCUAAAGAGAGAUUUUGCUGUCAAUCGUAGAUUAUUUUAAUAUUAAUGAUAUCAAUAACAAUAAUGAUGAUAUUGUUAUUAAAUUUUUGCAGAUUUGAAAGAGAUCAAGUGAUGUCUAACUUGUCAGCUCAAUUAGACUUUACGGUAAAUAUUUCCUGUUCUUUCCUAGAUUUUUCUGGAACAGGGAUUUUUCCCUUUGCCCUAGCAACAAUCCACUGUGCAUUAACAAUUAUUUUUUAUUAAUCUAAUUUAAUCUAAUGAAGAGGUAGACCCUGAAUGUGAACUGAUUUUUUUUUGCAGUUCCACUCUUGCAAACAGGUUAUAGAAAUAAAGAAGUGUAAGCUUGAUAGAACAGUAUAUUAUUGUAACUACUUGACAGGGAAUAAAGCUAUGAGAGAGAAUUACAAAUUAUGAUUUCUUUGAUCUUGCAUGGUUUUGGGCUAGGAAAUAUUAAUAUCAUACUGUGACAACAGACUCUCUCUCCAUUCCUUUGAAUGCUUGCUGUAAGAUCAACUGGAUUUCUACCAACACCAUAUGCACACUUAUAUGUAUUUUCCAUUUAUUGUAGAAUUUUCAAAAGGCAGACAUGGUGAUUGAAGCUGUCUUUGAGGAUAUUAACAUCAAACACAAGGUCAUUAAGGAAAUUGAACAGGUCAGGCCAAUUCUUUGUUGUGUAUCCCAUUUUAUGCUCUCAUAUUCUCAUUGUCUGUGAUUGUAAUCAGUUAGUUUUUUCAGAAAUAUGAUGAGGGAUUUUUUUUUUUCAUGUCUGUAGGUCAUCCCUGAACAUUGUGUGUUUGCAUCAAAUACAUCAGCUCUACCUAUACAUCAGGUCAGUCCUGUUCCCAAUACAUAAAGCUUACUUUUUGGUGUUGAAAUUCAACUUUUCGGCGCCAUGGUCUGUGUGUUUUACCUGUGGUAAACCCUUAUUGAGGUUACAUUAAAAAAUAAAUGCACAGAAAAAAUUAAAGUUUGGACUGAAAUAAGUUGAUAUUUGUAUACUUUUUAUUAUGUUUAACUGUGAAAAUAUGUCUGUCUGUCCCUUGCAUUGGACUUAUUUGUUGUAAAAUAAAUAUUUUCCAGAUUGCAGAAGCUAGUAAAAGACCUGAGAAGGUGAGGGAAAGGCUAUAGUUUAUAACAUUUCAAUGUGAUUUCAGCCCAAUUUUGUAGAGGAAGUAUGAAGUUCUUCAAGGAUCUGUAAUCAACACAUCACUACUAAGACAAAAACACCAUUUAUCUACAGUAUUGCCAUGUAUAGGGCAUUUGUCAACCUCUAGUGGGUUGCACAACUGUUGAUAAUAACUGUUACCAUGGGCAAAUAAUUGUAACAUUUAAUUCUCUAUGGUAAAUAAUGUGGCUGAGUUUCUUAAUCUUUAAAAUCAACUUUAUUGAAAAUUACAUAUCAAUAUUAUUUUAUAUCAGUUAGUUAUUUCAUAUAUCCCCACAAUGUACAGGUUAUAGGAAUGCACUACUUUUCACCUGUGGAUAAAAUGCCACUUUUGGAAAUCAUUACCACAGACAAAACUUCAAAUGAAACAGCUGGUGAGAGGAUUUGUAAAAUAUUAUUAUCAUUUUUUAAAAUCAAUAUUUAGUUGUUGUCAUGUGCAUUUAUUUGAAAAAAGGAUGCCAAGCCUGCUUUCAUUUUUUCACCAAAAAAAUAAGUUAAGCAUUGCAUGUUUGUUCUGUUGUUUUUGUCAGCUGCUGCUGUCGAUGUUGGUUUGAAGCAAGGGAAGACAGUCAUUGUUGUAAAGGUGAUUUAUUUUAUUCUGUUUUUUUUUUUAAUUGACCCUCUCCGCCUAUCUCCAUCUAUCUGUCUAACAAGAAACAAGUCAGAUAGCAUUUAGAUUUCUGUAUCAGAGGUACUGCUCAAAUAUGAAACUAAUGACCCUCUGAAGACAGUAUCCCCUUAAAGGUAGAGAUAUACAUUUAAAAUGCAUGUAUUUUAUUUAAUUUUGAAGAAUUGGUCAUAACUUAAUCCUUGAUGGUGAGAGCCCUUCAAAAGUUGUGACCCUAAUUAAAUAUUUUCCCUUUUAUUGGGAGACUUUGGAGGCAACAGACAUGAAGUUAUGAAUUUCUGUACCUUCAGAGCAAAGUGUAAUUUUAGAUGCCAUUGUCAUGAUUUUGUCAACUCAGAUUAUAGGCCAUGCAUGGGGGCAAUUGGGUUUGCUGAAAGUAGUAUCCUAUCUAGUGGUACCCUUAGAAACUACUACUCAGGAAAAGGUUGUUAAAUUCAAUCAUGAUAGGGGUUUAUACUUCAAGAACAAGAAUAUGAAAUAAUAUUUUAUAUGAAACGUGGAGGGUGAAGAUCAUCUGAAUAAGUACAUACUUAUCAUAUAGUUAUUUACUAGUAAGUAGUUUACUUAUACAAGUCAUAUACUUUGCCAGCAAGAAUCAACAUCCUUCUCUAACUUGUAAGUGAUUUGAUUAAUUAAAGGAUGGCCCAGGUUUUUACACCACACGAAUCCUGGCCCCCACAUUAGCAGAGGCAGUGGCUCUUCUUCAGGUGAGAUUGAUAGGUUGCUGGUCAUAUGUAUGAGCAUUUUUUAUUAUCUGUGGAGUUGCUUCUUUUUGCCAUAAACAAAAGUAACUCCAUAACAUCUCCCUGUUUCUUGUUUACUUUUUGUUGUAGGAAGGAGUCAGUCCAAAGGAUCUUGAUAAACUUACCAAGCAGUUUGGAUUCCCAGUUGGAUCAGCUACUUUGGCUGAUGAGGUGGAAAUAUAAUAUUUUUAUUUUGCAAAUUGAGAGUUGUUGUUGUUGUUGUUUGGGUGGAUAAUAGCUGUGUAUCUGAAGAUGAAAAAUGUAGUUUAAUGUUAGUGCUGGGGUGAUUCAUACAAUGUAAUUGAUAUGACUGAUUUGGUGUUUGACUGCAUCUGCAUUUUGGAUUUUAGUGGUUUGCGCUGUACACAGUAGCAAUAAUUAUAUAGCUUAUUAGUAGUAAGUUAAUACCUCUACAGCUUAUUAGUAUAGUAAUGGUCUUCAAUUAAACCUAUAGGAAUAUAAUUUCAUUGGAAGAGAAUUACUAUGAAAUCAAGCCAAAAGCAUACACUACAGUUUCAGUCAUACCACAGUUAUGGCAACAUAUUAUUGAAAGAAGGUUAACAAUAAUAAAUAAAUUAGAGAACAGUUAUGUUCAGUAAGGCUUUUAUUUUAACCUAACCUGUCCCUUGAGUAGGCAUGUUACUUAAGUUCUGUGCCACAGUGCUAAACAGUUUGAAUCUUUCUUUGUUCAGGUGGGUAUUGAUGUAGCUGCUCACGUUGCAGAGGAUCUUGGGAAAGCUUUUGGUGAAAGGUGAGAGUUGCUUUGGUAACAAGGUUGGUAAUGAUAUCAGUUUGUGACAAUGAGUGCUUUUUUCCCCUCUGGUUUCUAGAUUUGGUGGAGGUGAUCCUGGAGUCUUAAAAGCAAUGGUUGAUGGAGGACAUUUAGGUUUGUUACUUUGUUUUCUUGAAAAAUUCUUCCAUUUUUUCAAGGAAGACACAAUGUCUAUCAAGGUGUUGUUGUAUUUUCUUCUUUUCCUUUAAAUUUAUUUCUGGUCAUUUCACCAGCUGACAGGUUAGAACUUGCUGUCAAUAUUUGAAUUUAUGAUAAAAUAUAUUUUGUACAUAUUAAGUUAAUCUUUGAAGUACUAAUAUUUAGUAUUCUUUAUGUUAAUAGGAAGGAAGUCUGGAAAAGGCUUUUUCAUUUAUGCUGGAAAAGGCAAGAGAGAAGUAAGUAAUCAUUUCAACUACUUUAAUAAUAAAUUAUAUUAUUUUAGUUGAAAGCAGUUGGUUACCAAGGUGAAUUUCUAAUCAUUCAGUUUAUUGUUCUUGUAUUGUUUUUGGCCACAUUUUGGCCACACAAGGUUGGUUUAUUCAAAAUUUGUGUUUAUGAGAGGUUUAGCUCACUCCUUAAUCUUUUUUUCUUAUAGACCAAUGGUGCAGCAGAGAAGAUUCUUAAAGAGUUUUCCACCCCCAAGAAGGGAAGGUCAGUAUGAUUUCACUUGUUCCAUGUGUUGCCCUUUUAGUUAUUAUUAUUUCAGAGAAAAAAUUGAUCAGGAAUGUUUUGAAUUCUCCCACUUCUCCAGAACUGUAAGCACUACAAAUUUUAAGUCCUCAUUGAAAGUGAUGGCCAGGUUUUUUUUUUUGUCUGUCAUUGUUUUUCGUUCAACAGUUAACAAAUUUUCAUUACAAUCACAAAAACCAAUGCUAUUUGAAACUUAUUUUCCUUUCAUUAUCUCAUUCUUUUUCCUUAGUCAUGAUGCUGAGGAAAUUCAGAUGAGACUGGCAGCCCGUUUUGUCAAUGAAUCUAUACUUUGUCUACAAGAAGGAAUUUUGAGAAAUCCAGUAAGUGUGACUUUUUGCAAGCCAGUAUCAAUUUGUCAUUCUUCCAACAUUUAGAAUGGAGGCUGAGCUCUGCGUGGUAACCAACGACAUGACCAAAGAAUCCUGUCAUUUAAGCAAUUUUGUUGAAGUAUACCAAACAUUUCUUUUAUCACAAUAUCCUGUAAUGCUGAUGUCUUAUUACAUACUAUUGCAUAGAAGUACAUGAAAUAAGCAUGUAUGACUGUUCUCAAAGUGAGAUCAAUAAUAAUCUGAGAUUGCAGUCACUACUUAGUGAUGUUGUUGUCGUCACUGAAUACUGCUGGUCUUCAUCUUGAGACAAAGUAAUAUCUUAUAAGCAAAAUAUUCAUUUUUCAUUUUAGGUUGAUGGGGACAUCGGUGCUGUAUUUGGUCUUGGAUUCCCACCUUUUCAUGGAGGUUAGUUUAAAGAAUUUUUCUUAAUUUGCUGAGAGCUCUUACUAAUUCCAUGGUUGAAUGUUAAUGAAGCAAUCACAAAAGCCUUCACUCCCAACCUGACUCUGUUGACAGUACUUUCUAAGCCAUGUCCUGUAUAUACCUGUAUGCCGUAUUCUCAGCAUUUGACCAUACAACAGCUUGAGAUGCACAAGGUUGGCACCCUGUUUUUCUUAAGCAGAUGGUCAGUUGUUGUCUCAGCCAUGUGAAACCUUUGUCCUCUAAUUCACAAUUUGGAGUCUCUUUUAGUUAGGUAAUCACCUUCAGAUCACAGAUAAUAACUGUAAUCUUUUCCAGGUCCUUUCCGCUAUCUUGACACCUAUGGAGCUGACAAAUUUGUUGAGAGAAUGGAAAAGCUACAUGAAACAAUUGGUGGAGAACGCUUUGUUCCCUGUCAGAUGUUGUUAGAUUAUGCCAAAGAUCCAAGCAAGAAGUUCCACAAGAGAUAAUGCUCUGAUAGUCUUUGUACUGUUGGGCAUUUGCCUGAUCACAGAGUCUGUUAGUUGAUUUUGCUUUCUUUCCACCAAAUGGGAGGCUGCAUCUAUUUUUUUACAGCAGGAGUAGAUGUGAAUUUGCAAAGAUUGUGUCAUUUCUUUUAUAGGGUAUUCUUUACAAAAGAUUCUUUAAGUUUUCCCAGUUCAAAUCUCUCACCAAGGAGUUUCUCUGUAUACUGAUAACCUAGUGGCAGCUAUGCUGAUGAGUGUCAACAUGUUUGUAUGAGGAAAAACUAAAUAAAGGCCACAAACAAACUUCUGCAUUUGUCUUGUAAUGACAAUUUUACAACCUGGUCUAUUUGACACUGGUAACAUAAAUU